CAUUAAAAGAUUUCUAGAAAUGAAAGUUCCUUUUGAAAUAUUACUCUUUGUAAUUGUAAUAAACGUUUUCAUAGCCGAAAGGCACAGAAAUAAAGUGAAAAGUCGUAAUUCAUUAGAUAACCAACAAAAGCAUCAUCCCAAUCGUCAUCAUGGACACAAUCAGAUUAUGCAACGCAAGAGAUUAUCCGAGCAACAUCCAUUUAAAGGAAGGAAUGGUCGUAAACAAAAUAAGGCUGCUUUGCAAAAUAACCAACGUAGUUUUUGGGGUUGGGUUGUAAAAGCUGCGAAAAAAGUGACGAAAGUAGUUGGCUCUGCAUUUACGACAGUUGUGAAUUGGUUUACACCCCUCCCAAACCCCAGACCACGCCCAAGGCCCAACCCCCCACCACCCAGGCCAGUGCCAACGACAAGACCACCAACAACGACAACGAUCAGUAGUUAUUUGACAUUGAUGGGCGAAAUAUUCGCAGCUGUAUUUUCGACAACAUCCACUGAACCUGAAUCUCCUGAGGCGUUGUCAGAUUCUUACUAUACUGAAGAAAUUGAUUCGAUGUCUACAGAAGAAAUUGAUUCGAUGGCUACAGAAGAAAUUGAUUCGAUGGCUACAGCGGAAAUUGAUGCGAUGGCUACAGAAGAAAAUGAUUCGAAUUCUAAAGAAGAUACAUAGCCAUUUAGCCGAAAAAAUACUGGCUGCAUGUUUCGGGUUUUAAACAAGAAAGAGGUUCUUGUCGGGAGCUCCUGACUAGUGAAUACCCUGAACCCUCUUAUUCCAACACUAAAUGCAGCUUGCGCUACGCGCUCGUAGUAAUAAAGAUAAAUAAUAAAAAAGUUCCCUUGGCAGGGUUCGCACUCGCAACU